AUGCUGGGUUUCAACACGUGUAUCACUGAACUAGACCUCUCCUGCAACCGAAUAAACCCCCCAGCACUACUUGAGCUUCUCAGAGGUGUGGUCUCCAACAGAUCUUUGGUCAUCCUCAAGAUCGGACACAAUCCAAUCACUGCAGCGUUUUCAAGUUUGAUACUGGAUGUGAUAAGACGGCACAGAUCAAGUGCCCUAGAGAAUGUGGACAUGGCGGGCGUGGUGGUCGACAGGGAAUUCGUGCAGAUUCUGGAAGAAAUACAAACUGACCGCUUCCUUCUCGUCAACUACGAACUGUCCCUGCCGGUGAAGAAACUGUCCCGCGAGGAAAUGAGGGAGAGGAUCGGACUUCCGAGUGCAUUCAACGUCGACCCUCUCCGAAUGCUGUAUUUACUUAAAGUAA